AUGUACUCGGCAGAAACCACCCAACACUCACAAAAGUCCAUCGUCAGAAUGGAUCCCGAUUGCGCCAUUUGCCAUGCUCCGGCAACCGUUGCCUGUGACUGUGAGGCCAAGGGCCUCGAGAUGGCCGUCAAGCAGGCUGAAAACCGGAUGAUGCAGUCUAUCUACAAUGACAUCCGGUCAUGGGUGCGAGCUCAUGCUCAAGACUACAUCCUCGAUCACUUCCGCCAGCUGACUGAGCGACGAAAGACGGCACAUGCCUCGCACCUGGACCGCAUCACAGAACACGCCUGGCAAUACUACCAGCAGCCACCUCAUCCUAGUGAACUCGCCAACGCCCAGGCCCAGUUGAAGCGCGGCAUCGAUGAGGACUGGCAGGCUUCAGUACAGCGAUACCCCGAGGUGCUCGAGUACUUCUACAGCCUAGUCGAGUUGACCCUUCCAGAUGAUGGUGACGCAUCUGUCAAGGACCCUCCUCUCAAUGCUCUUAACGCACCCAGGAGAAUUAGCACAAGCUCGAGGAUGGCGCCUGGUGCCCCAGCAACUGUGGCCAGCGGUCGCAGCAUGGCCUACGACAGAGAUAUUGCCCCCAUGCCUGCCAUGCGACGCACGCCACCCCCGAUUGAGCCGGUCCGUGGAAGUGACAGGCGGACACCAGGACCAAGGGAGCGGAGACAAUCAUACCGGGCACCACACCCUGGACCGCCAACAUACUAUCCUCAGCAGCCAUACUAA